AUGUGGCAACUGUCUGAGAUUCUCGAUGCACUGCGACUUCCUCCCUCUGCCGACACAACCGACCGCUCCAUCUCCCACCGCUUCGUCGCCGGCGACGCCGCCGCGGCCGAGAAAACGGGGCCGUCCCCGGAAGGACUGGGACACCAUCCAAAAGCUACCGACCCCGACUGCCUCCGAAUCCGAGACAGCCAAGACACCGCGCGCACCGGCCUCGCUGUCAGCCGAACCAUCUUCUCCCUCGCUGCUGAACCCCAAUGA